CAUCACCCUAUAUAAAGCCGCACCCAAGCUGAGUUCAGCUGACCUGAGGAGAGCCACAGGCAGAGCCGAAGUUAUUAGUAAAAUCAUGGAUGCUAUCUCGAGCUACUUCCCUGCCAAGCUCCGCGUCGACAAUCGAGGAGUUGCGUCGAAGUUCGGAGGGACAACAGUGCUUCCAAGGAAGGAGCUGUCCUUCUCGCGAUUGCCAAAGGUCUUCAGUUUCCAAGUCCUGCACUCGACACGCAAGAAGCUCGUCAAGCCCCUCUGUCCGUCUGCUUCCAGCUCGUCAUCACCGAACGCAGAGCCAGGGAAGGAGACAGCAGAAAAUGGAAUCAAAGAAACUCAUCCUUCCAAGACUGUCCGUGUUAGGUUUCUAUCGAAGAAAAAAUGCGAGAAUGGUGAGCUUCUUCUCAUAGUUGGAGGUGACCCCAUGUUUGGUUCAUGGAACCCUUCAAGUGCAAUACCUAUGAACUGGUCCGUUGGCAACGUGUGGACUCUCGAACAGGACAUACCCGUCGGGAGGCGAAUUCCAUUCAAGCUUAUACUGAGGGGAACCGAUAAAAGGAUCCAGUGGCAGCCCGAUCCUGAUAGAGUUCUGAUAACUUGGGAAACCGACAAGACUAUCAUUGUUUAUGAAGAUUGGGAAGAUGCUGCAUCCCAGAGGAUAACUGAAGGGGAAAUACUGAGUGAUCCCUCCAAGGCAGGGAUGGAGACUGCAGGCAAUGGAACCGAAGGUACUUAUCCCUCCAAGACUGUCCGUGUUAGGUUUCUACUGAAGAAACGGUGCGAGUUUCUGGAGCACUUUUUCGUUGUCGGAGGUGACCCCAUAUUUGGAUCAUGGGACCCUAAAAGUUUACAGCCUAUGCAGUGGUCCGCCGGCAACGUGUGGUCUCUCGACAUGGACAUACCCGUAAGGAGGCGAAUUCCAUACAAGUUUGUACAUAUGGAUACCAACGUAGAAUACCAUUGGCAACCUGAUCCUGAUCGAGUGCUGCAAACUUGGGAAACUGACAAGAUUAUCAUUGUUUAUGGAGAUUGGGAAGAUGCUGCAUCCCAUAGGAUAAUCGAAGGAGAAACCGUCACCGAUCCCUCCAAGAAACUGGCUGACAGACCAGAAAUGCACAUCGUUGGGGAUAAAUGGCCACUAAUGGCGAGAGCCAAAACAGAAAAUGGAUCAGUUUUGGCCGAUACAGUUGCUGCUCCAGCAGAAAUUCCACCGGAGAAAACUCGAGAUGAGUUUCCCUCUGGGAUGGAAGGAGCUCCAUCCUAGACGGAGGGAAAAAACAUGAUAUGGCUCGGAAAGAGAUGUAAUUACUUGCUAUGUUCAUUCUUAACUUGCAAGAAUUCAAUACUUCAUGUAUAUGAUAUCAAUGUAGCUUGUGUUAGAACCUUUCGAGAAUCUGCAAUAUAUACUCUCUGUUUCUCCAGUGCUAGUGAAGCUUUAAAGUGGACCAUGUUCA